AUUGCCACGUGCUCUGAUGACAACACUGUGAGGAUUUGGCGCUUACGACGCCGUCCUGAGGAGGAGAAAUCAGCAUUCGGCAAAAUCAGCCUAGUGGGCUGGGUCACCCAGAAGAAACCAGAAGAACAACAUGGAGCAGGACCACCAACCAGCCCACAGAGUACUCCUGCCAAGGCCUUCACAGUGAGCAGCCCAUGUAUUUCCUCACCACGGCCAGCUGCCUGUGCUCCCAUUUAUUCUGGAGACCUUCCCCUGUCUACAAACACUCUGACAGGCACUCUCAAAACCCCUACAGCUGCAGCCUGCACCCCAGCCAAGUGGAAUGGAGACAGCCCAUGUGCUUCUCCCAAAGUGGUCCCUUCCUCCAAAAUGUCCAUUAAACAUUGGGUUACAAGGACUCCGUGCUCUUCUCCUCCAGAAGUGGGUAAAAAGACUCCUUCUCCCAGAAAAGCCCUGGCAGAAGUCACCCAAGGUCUCCUGGAAGCUGCUUGGCCUGCUAAAGCCCCACACUCCCAGUUUGAAAAACGUGCUAAGAGAAGGCUUGACUGCAGCAAGGAGGAUAAUGCAGGGCAGAAGUGUCUGCAGGCCUGUAGCUGUGUGACUGAACUGGACCUUGCAGCUAAGAAGUCCAAGCUGAAUUUAUGUCACUUGGCUGCAGAUCAAAAAGCUAGUGAUGAAGGUUCUCUCAGCCUGGCAGACUUGGAUAACGACAAUGAAGGCUCCAGCCCCAGCCCAAAGGAGCCUUCCUUUUCUGGGAGCCAUAUCAAUCCAUCGGGCCUUCAGACUCCCCCACAUCUUCUCAGAUCUCCAUGUGGGAAAGACACUGAGGUAGUAGAUAAAGAGAAUAGUUCACCUGAAAGAAAAAAUUGGUUGUCUGCUCUGGGAGAGAAGCUACGGACUGGCAGAGCUGGCAGCCAGAGCGCAUCCAACAGCCCCCCAUCGUCUUGCAGUCCUGGUGCCAAACGACAAGAGGCUGUAGCAGCAGUCACUUCACCAAAAACUGCUGCAACUUCUUCAGUUUCCAUGAGGAAGAUCUGCACAUACUUCCACAGAAAGCCACAGAAUGACUGAAGCGGCAUGCAGCGGUCGCACCUGACGGAUGUUGCCACGGUGGUGUCAAGAACAGACUUAGCAAUGCCGACAACAAUGACCCAAGAGUACACAGUUUAUUGUCAAUCAUAAACUUAGGGAUUCAUUCUUCUGUUUUUAAACAUAUUAACAGUUGAAGUCACCUGAGUGUGGAAAAUCUACGCAAGACUUACUGAUGGUCUCCUACUGACUUCAGAUGAGGGAUUUUUUUAAUAAAGAACAAUGGAGUAUGUUUUGCAUGGCAACUGUUGUAGUCCAAAGACAGCAACAAUUCUGCUGUCCAUUGUUGACAGGCACAUAUAGCCUGUCAGUUUAUGUUACUAAUUUGAUGAUGAAACUUCCUUUACUUAAGCGUAAUGUAUAAAUCAUUGCAACCUCCUGAAAGGCGAGUGUUUGGAAUGUGUGUAGAGAAACUGGAGGUAGAUCUGAGCCUCUUCCUGCUGAAUGGCAUUUCUACAGUUACUCCUCUGGUACCACAAUGACUACCUGCUUCCAGCCAGGAAGUUAGGAAUGUAUUAAGUAAAUAUAAAAGACUUUUAAACACCCUCUGUCCAUCCGAUGAUGAUUACAGUCUUAAGAGGAGACAAAGUAUAAUGAAAUACAUAAUGCCUGUGCUCCUCUUGCCAUCCUCUUUUCCCAGCCCGAAAACUUCAUAUUUACUGAAUCAGAUGGCUCUUGAAACAUCAACACUACACCUGUUGAGGCAAACAGUUUGUCACUUCUAUGAAGUAAAAUCCUGGCAAGGUGCGUUAGACAACUGAGUUUGAUCUGUCCCAAACAGACAUCCCAUAACAGCCAGUUGCUCGGUCACUUCUUACAGAUUCGGCCUGUAGCAAAGGCAUUAAUAAUGGCUUAUAACAUAACUUCAUAAUGCUUACAGCAUCUGUAAAAUAAUAGCUUGUGAGGAAGGGCACUUGACCUUUUAGAAAGCACUUGCAGAGUUUAAGUAUUAAUAUUAAAUGCUUUGCCAUUAUAAGUCGUCACUGAUGCUGAUAGAACAAGGUCAUUGAAACGAGAUCGCUGCCCUGCUGGUUCAUGAUACUGGCUCCUCAGUCAUGCUUUUCCCCAGGGCAGCUAGCAGAAGAUUCUUAUCUCAAGUUGAAGAGUUUACUUCGUCUUCUGGUAUAAUAGACCCUAUAAACUUUUUUUUUUAAACCCAAAGCAAACCUCCCUAUUAUUUUUUUUGUACUGUGAAAGAAUUGAGGUAUUUAAAGGAGAUGUGAUCCAAGUAACUGUUUGUUUUCCAUCUGAAAUUUUCACACC